AUGAGUGCAUUUGAAGAGGGUACAGAGCCAGUAACAGUCGAAAUUGUGAGCUCUGUCUUACUUACUGAAGACACAGACAGGAACCUCAUUCUUUGCCUUCAGAAUGAAGCUGGUGAAAUGGAAAACCCUACUGAACCUCAGAAUAAGAGGCCUUGUUUGUCCACAGAGGAUGAUUCAACUCCUUACAUGCCAGCUGCUUCACUCCCACUACCAGAAAUGGAGCAGAGCUUUGAUUUGGACACAACUACAGCCACAGAGGUGGCAGGUGAAGAGAUUACUGAGGGAACUAUGAUGCAGUUCCAGAUUUUACAGGAUGACAAACCAGAUGAAGAAUUCCCCUUGGCUAGUGCACAAGAGUCAAUCGUUAGCCAAGCAUGGUUAAGAGGUAAAGAAGAUAAAGAUAAGCUAACCAGACAAGGGCAUAAAUGGAAGCAGGGGAUGUGGUCCAAGGAAGAAACAGAUAUUUUGAUGAACAACAUUGAACGUUAUAUGAAGGAACAUGGAAUAGAGAAUGCUGCAGAAAUCAUUUUUAAGAUGUCAAAAGGUAAAAGAAAAGAUUUCUACAAAACUAUAUCAUUGGGUCUGAAUCGGCCUUUGUUUUCAGUUUAUAGAAGAGUGGUCCGAAUGUAUGAUGACAGAAACCAUGUGGGAAAGUACACCCCUGAAGAAAUUCAGAAGCUCAAGGAGCUCUGGCAACAGCAUGGCAAUGACUGGAUAACAAUAGGUGCUGCCAUGGGAAGAAGUCCAUCUUCUGUCAAAGACCGGUGCCGACUGUUGAAGGAUACUUGUAACACGGGGAAAUGGACUGAAGAAGAAGAACGGAUUCUCGGAGAUGUGGUUCACGAACUGACACACACUGAGGUGGAUGAGAAGGUCACACAUGGUGUGUGUUGGGCAACAGUGGCUCAAAGAGUAGGUACUCGCUCAGCAAAGCAGUGUCGUGCUAAAUGGCUCAACAACCUGAACUGGAAACAGACUGGAGGGAUUGAGUGGACCAGGAAAGAUGAAGUCACUCUCAUUCACAUGCUAGCAGAGCUUAAUGUAGCUGAUGAAAAUGAAAUUCACUGGGAUGACUUAGCUAAAGGAUGGAAAAGUGUUCGUUCACCACAAUGGCUGCGUAGUAAAUGGUGGACCAUCAAAAGGCAAAUUACAAACCAUAAGGACUUUGCAUUCCCAGUCCUAGUGAAAUGUCUUCAACAAAUAUAUGAGAGCCAAAAUGCCAGCCUCAUGUUUUGGGAGAAUAAAUCAGGAUCUGAAGUUGCAGAUAGCAACCCUGAUAUCAGUGUUCAACAAGUCCCCUUUGGAGUCAUGGGUGUAGAAGAUAAUAACAGUACAUCCAUGAGUACAGUACCCAUGACAGGACUGCAAAUUACACUCCAGAUCGUCCCUGAUUCAACAUAUGUGGCUAUUGUUAACUCUGAAACAAUAACCCCACCCAGUGGCCCACAAUAG